CGCCUCCACUGUUUCAUAUACAACCAUUUUUGUUGAAAAGGAAAACUCAAUUAUCGGUGUUGAAGGAUUGUUGUCCGUCUAUAUUGGGCAUGCCAAUUAUUGAGAUGGCAUCUCGGUCUGUUAGUUGCUGUGCAGUAUGAUUACUGUGGCAGGAUCUGUGUGUUAUGCAAUAGAAGUUUGUGUUUCUGGCACAAAUAGUCUUUACGCUGAACAGUAAAGACUGAAAAAUGUCAAGUGCCUUGGCUAAUGGGCUGGCUGGAGCUGGUGGGGGCAUAAUUGCACAAAUAAUUACUUACCCCCUCCAAACUGUCAAUACACGGCAGCAGACUGAGAGGGUCUCGAGAGAGGGCCGUGAUUCUCGUGGCAGUGCCCUGUUUCAAAUCUUACAGGUUGUUAGAAGCGAAGGCUUGCCAGGGCUUUACAGUGGCCUGAAGCCUUCUUUGCUUGGAACUGCCGUGUCACAGGGUGUCUACUACUAUUUUUACCAGGUUUUUAAGAACAGGGCUGAGGCUAUAGCAGCUGCAAAUAAGAAAAGAGGCCGAGGGGAUGGUUCUGUUGGGAUGCUUUCUUGGCUCGUUGUGGCAGCUCUUGCAGGUUCAGUAAAUGUAUUGUUGACAAACCCUAUAUGGGUUCUAGUUACUCGUAUGCAGACUCAUACACAAGCAGAAAGGAAAAUCGUGGAGGCAAAAAAGGAAACCCUAUUAAAAGAAGCUUCUCAAAGUGUCUUGACAGCUUCUUCCUUGGAAGUACAACUCGCUGAACUUGAUUCGUUGAAACCUCAUCCUUACGGGACAUUGCAAGCAGCACGAGAGGUUUAUAAUGAAUCAGGAGUUACAGGAUUCUGGAAAGGAGUCAUCCCAGCAUUGAUCAUGGUGUCUAAUCCCUCGAUUCAGUUCAUGAUUAUUGAGAGUUUGUCGAAGCAGUUAAGGGCUAAACGUGCUGCAAAGAAUAAAGACCAGCAGAAUAUAACUGCUUUGGAAGUUUUUGUAAUCGGAGCCUUUGCUAAACUUGGAGCAACUGUCUGCACAUAUCCAUUGUUGGUUGUGAAGUCAAGGCUUCAAGCAAAGCAGGAGAUUAGUGGAAACGUCUCAUUACGAUAUUCAGGUACAGUCGAUGCUAUUAUUAAGAUGAUUCAUCAUGAAGGAUUCAGAUGCUUCUAUCAGGGAAUGCGCACAAAGAUAGUGCAGAGCGUCUUUGCAGCCUCCGUACUUUUCAUGGUGAAGGAAGAGCUCGUCAAAGUCUACGCCGUUUUGGCUAACAAGAGUAAGGUUAAUGUAUAGCUUGCAGUCAUAAAGUGAACUAUUUAAUAAAUCUUCUUGCUGCAUAAUUGCAUAUGAUUGUACUGUAUUCAAAUUACAAAGUAAUAAUUGUAAUAUUCCCUAAAGAAAGCCAUUGUAAGCUUGAAAGUGAAAAGUAACUCAGGUGAAUGAAACUAUUAU